UUCUUUCCUGUCCACCUUGUGAAAACAUGGUCUUUUCUAAUCUUCUUUUAUGCACCUUCCUCUAACAACACCGAGCGAUGUGAGUGGUGCCAGUUUCCCUGAUUUGCAUUUGUCAGAAGCAUAUGAUCAGGUGGAGUCCCACCAUGCCAUCUAAUCCAGAGGCAGUCUGGCUUUAAGACAUGUGAUACAGUCUUUACACUCAGACAGGCUGUACGGGCACAUUUGUUUCUUAGUGCUCGCUGAGAGGGGACUCAGCUAGAGCUGCUGCUCAGAGGCUGCCUCUCACUGGAAGGAUGCAGACGGUGAAAGAGGAGAUUCUACUACAGUUAAUUAAGGAGCACUCCACACGUGCCUAUAAAUGCGAAGGGGCAAAUGAAUUCAGUGUCAGUGGGAGCAACUCUUCAAGGGGAAGCAGUGAUAUUUCAAAGGUGGAAUUGAAAGAGCUUUAAAUCUAUUUCCUGACACCGGCUUGACCGUCAUUUCUGAAUCACUGGACUGUUGCUAUCAAAGUGUGGAGCGGGAAAGCAGAGUCAGUGGAGUUCUCUCCUCGAGCCAAAUUCAGUUAUUGGAUGGGAUCAACAUGAGAAGCAUUAUGGAUGGAUUUAUGUCAUUCUGUUGAGAUAUUUAUAUAGUCUUUAUUGGGUUGCUCAGCAGAUGUGUCCUGUCAUGUCCUGGCUGCUCUGCCUGUGCCUCUGGGUCAGUGUGACUACCAUUCAGCUCUGUCAGGCCACUUUCUACGACACCAUUCAACAGCAUCAUGGGACGAGGCCUGGACGAACCACCAUCCACAUGAUCGAAGGGGGCACAUGUGAAGUAAUUGCUGCUCACAGAUGCUGUAAUAAGAAUCGUAUUGAGGAGCGGUCACAGACAGUCAAGUGUUCUUGUCUGCCGGGGAAGGUGGCUGGAACCACCAGAAACAGACCUUCAUGUGUCGACGCAUCCAUAGUAAUUGGGAAGUGGUGGUGUGAGAUGGAGCCUUGCCUGGAGGGGGAGGAAUGUAAGACACUCCCUGACAACUCAGGCUGGAUGUGCUACGCCGGCAACAAGAUCAAAACCACAAGGUUUCCCCCUUCCUUUUUUGUCAGAACACUCAGCCAUACACAACAUCAACAUAUUAACGCUUUGUGGAAAGGAUGCGAGGGAAUGCCUCUGGUGCAAAGGUUAAUCUGCAGAUGGAACGUGAAUAUCUGGGCAUUUGGAUUAAUAUCUGAAGAGCAUCUGGCGUCCCUCCGCAGACAUCAAUAAAAGUGAUGUUCGCUACGUUGCACCAGACAGGACAGGAAUACAUCGAAGGACAUGGGAUGAGCAAGAACAGUAGUUGACAGCCCUCAGGUUUUUCUUUUUUUGUGGAAACAUUGUAAGAGGAAAAAUAUUGUACAAAUUGUUUGUCCUUUCUUGUGUACAUAAAAUUUAUUUAUGGUGGUGAUGAAAAACGAUCAUUCGAGUCUCUGAACGCAGUCAUGAUCUUCCCUCUUGUCGCCCAUAAAACCCAACACAGCCAAAGUUUGACGAGUUCAAGGGUGUGAUUUUAAGAUGAACUAGAUGCAUUGUGAGGGAGAUGUUUUACAAAUACAGCUUGUGUGUCUUCAUUCUGUAUAUUUUACCAUUUGUUUGUACGGUAAUGUAUGCCUUUGAUCACCUCUUAAAUGGCUUUACCAGUCGAAUUUGGUAACAUGUCAGCUACCCUGAAACUGAUUGAUUCACCAAAAAUGUGAUAACAAUAGGUUGUUUUCGAUACUUGAAAUGCCUUAUUUGUGUCAAAUCGUUUAAAUAAUGAUAUUGUACAUACGAAGCCAUCUAUUGAAAUGUGCUGAAAUUUCAUUAAAGUAAUUGUUCCUGUA